AUGGCGGCAGCCAGCGAAUUUCCGACAGAACUGGCGACCCGUCCUUUGGGUCUCACAGCUCUUAUGGGACUUGAUAUUAAUCAAAAACCUUUGCACAAAGCUAUCUGGGAGUCUUUUUCUGUGAACAGGCAUCCUGAGAGAGUUCCACUAUCUUUCAGACUUUUACCAAUUGAUCACGAAUUUCCCAAAGCAAAAUCAAAGGUGAGCUUUCCUAUCGCUUUUAAGUGUAGUUACUCUUAAAUCCUUUGAUUACGUGAAAUUCUUCUUAUUUUGGUUACAUUUAAGCUCUUUCAGUACAGUGGAAGCUCACCCUUUAAACCCGAACAUCAGUAUGAAUAUUCUCCAUACUUUUCCCAAUACUUUCCUAAGAUAACAAUCAAGAACUGUAGUUGGUGAUCAUUUCCUUUAUUCUCUUUAUAAAGAAAGUUCUAUGAGUGAUUUCCACAAAAUCCACAAAAUCAUCAAAGAGUUAAUCACAAAUCAAUUGUACUCCUUUUUUUUUCCAAGGAAGCAUUCUCUUGCUUCCUUGAGUUCUGACUCUCUCAAACCUUUCCCUCCAAAGAUUUCCUUAGUAAUUCUCUGUACUGUCUGGCGUACAAUUCUUAGGAUGUUAGUUCAGAGAAUCUGGAAUUGGAUCAACUAAUGAUCCUCUAAUUUUUUUUUUUUUUUUUUUUUUUCUCAUCACUUGUCUGUCUGAUAUUGCAUUGAAAUUUUAGAAGUAAGUUCUGUCCCUGUCACUCGUGGGAUUUGAAGUGUUAAGAGAACCUUUAUCUUUGUAGGUGUGCAUGGGGUCUCAGUAACAUUUUCCAUAAGUGAGGGCAGACACAGCCAUGAGUGGGGUCACUAACAUUGAAAAUCUUAGCAGAUAGCCAUAGGAAUGUAAUACCUCACAGAAGCAGUAGGCCUCCUGUAACCAGAGUUACUUAGACCUCUGCUUAUGCGAGUAUAUGCUGGCUUUUUAUCACUGAGUCUUGUUUCCUUGUAGCGGUCUACCUAUGAGUGGUACAUACCAAAGGGUAUCUUGAAGACAAAAUGGAUGCACAAACAUCUUUAUCUCUCUCCUGCUGUGGUGGUCAUGUUUUAUGAGUUGGAUUGGGAUGACGUUCAGUGGAAAGACAGGCAAACUGAAUGUGCUUCAAAACUAGAAAGAGUCAGGUAAUAACAAGAGAGUGAGAAUGUUAUCUUACCCCUCUAUAACAGCGAACUUUAAUCAGCACUAAUGACAUGACUGAAAAUUAUUAAUAAGUAUUAUGACAAGUGUGGUUUGAUUUUUAGACAAGAGGGUUCCAUUGUAUAUAUUGAUUUUUAUGACAUUGUACAACUCAGAAACUUUAUUCCACGCUCUCUAAUGGAUACACACACAGAAUAAUAUAUCAAACUAACACAUAAAUUUGAGCAAAAAACAAUUGUUUAAUAAACAAAAGAAAAAGACUUUUGUCCAAUCAUCAGCUUAAUUAACAAUUCCUGUGAUUUAGAGUGCUAUUCAAAUAACAACCAUGAAAUACGUUUGUCAUAACAACAGUAAGUGCUCUUGACACUCUGGAAACCUCCUUCUUUACCAAGCGACAAUCAGAUACUUGUAAGUUAUAAUAAGAACAUUACAACCUUUGAAGUUGUUACUUUCGAACUUAUCAGCUCAUUGAAUGCAAAAAAAUAUAACCAGUACAAUGAAUAAUUUUGUAUUCUAUAACUUCAAUCUUGCAUAUUAAACCAUUCAAAGCAAUCUUUUCAUUUCUGAGCAGAACCAGUCUUCAAGACCAGAACACUAAGGUUGCUGUGGUUCUUAUCCAAAAGAAUGCUCCUCUUCCUCCAGGUAAACAUCAAUAAAUACAUAGAAGUCAGAAGAUGAUGUUAUUAAGUAGAGAGUUUUAGAUCCAUGUUUAGUGUUUUCAUGCUAACGUCAAACCAUAAGUGACUGCCAGGUCUAUCUUAAAAAUCUGCAAGAGGCAUUACAAUGAGAGUUACAUGUCAUUUAUUGAGCUAGGCAUGGGCUGGAAAAAGGGGAAAAACUGCACCCAAAGUGUUGAGUAUGACCCAAGAGUGGUGUCUGUAAUCAAGGUCAAGGGCACAGUUUCUUCCCACAUAGAAAAACAUGAUUGUAAAACUGUAUUUUAACAAGCUGGACCAGUGACUAGAGUACAAUUAGCCAAUCAAAGUCAAGAAUUUAAGAUUCUAGCCUGUUGACAUGCUUCAGAAAAAAAAUAUGUUAUUUCAUAUUAGUUCCUGUAUCCAAAGAUUUGAGUACCCUUCAUGGAGGAAAUUUUUGCUAUUAUAAUGAAUCACAGGUGAUGAUUUACAAGCACUAGAGAGGGCAGCAACACUGUGCAGUGCAUGUGACCUGUCAGCCAAAUCAUUGUUUGUCCUUCCACAUACAGAUCACUUGAUUGGCUACACAAUUAGGUAUUUGACGAACAAAAUUUAUCAUUUUAGAUUGAUUUUGAUGAGAUUGGUUUUCAUUGAGUUUGCAGUUGAAUGUAAAAGCCCAACCUUUGUCAAAUAUAGGAAAAGAUUUAUUUAGUAAGAGUUUCAUAUUUUUUCUAUUGUAUUUAUUGUAGCUGAUCAAGAAAAGUUACAAAACAGGACACAAUAAAGACUAAGUUAGUUAGAAUUAUUUGGAAAAAGUGACAGUGAAGUAGAAAGAAAUUGAAAUUGAAGCUUUUACAUGAGUAAGCCUCAGACUCUAUUAACCCUUUAACUCAGUCUCAAGAUUUCAUUAGUAAUUUUCUUUACUGUCUGCCAUACAAUUCAUAUGAUGUUUGUGUGGAGAAUUUGGAAUUGGAUCAACCAAUAAUCCUCCACUGGAUAUUUUUUCUUUAUUCUCAUUACUUGUCUGCUUGAUAUUGUACUGAUGUGUGAGGAGAAAUUUUGUCUUGGUCACUGGUGGGACUUAAAGGGUUAAACUAACUUUAGACUCACUACAAGUUGUUUAGUUACUUACAUGGGAUGAGAAUGUUUUAAAAAUAAGGGAAUAUCUAUCAGAAAAUCAGAUGUUAUCAGCAUUUAUCAAGACUUUCCCAAGAGAGUUAACAGCCUCUCUAUUGAUUUGUGUUUUCAUCUGAUUAACCCUUUAACUCCCAGAUCAAAUUUGUAAUUCUCCUUACUGUCAACCAUACAAUUCUUAUAAUAUUAUUUUGGAGAAUUUUUGAUCAGAUCAACUACUUAUCCCCAAAUUGAUAUUUUUCUUUAUUCUCAUCUCUAAUCUAGUUGAUAUUGUAUUGAUAUUGUAAGGAGAAUUUCUGUCUUGGUCACUCAUGGGAGUUAAACAGUUGAAUGAUCAUAUUACAAGUUAUCGUAGUCAUUCAUGGGACAUGAAAUUCAUGCCUCUUCAAAAUAAAAAGGAACAGGUUUGAAACUUAUGAGAUAAAUAUUUUUCUUCUUCUUUUUUUUUUAAGGCUGGAGAAUGCUUUUUUUAUGAUUUAG